AUGGGCAUUGUCUUUGAGAAGAAGAUCGGUGGCAGUUAUAAAAGUGAGGACUCAUGCCGGAAAGUGGACAGUCGUCGAGUGCCUUUCACGAAGCUGACAUCGCAGAACAUCAAGUUCCUGAAGAGUCUGGGUCUGAAACUUCGCAAAAAACCAUUCGCAUCGUCAUCCUUUAACAACAACGAUGAAAUCCGUAUUUCUGUACAAAAUCAAGAUCUCUGUCUGUUGCCAAGCAAGAGUUCACUGCAUAUCUGCGGCCGUUUGACGAAAACAGAUAAUGCCGCUGUUGCUAACACAGAACUUGUCAACAAUGCCAUCUGUCAUUUAUUCGAAGAAAUACGUUAUGAAUUGAAUGCUGUGGAAAUUGAUAGAUGCAAAAAUGUUGGUCUUACAACAUUAAUGAAAAACUACAUUUCUCAGAGCCCCAGUCAGGGCUUUCUCAUGGAAAACGCAGGCUGGAGAAUUGAUAAAGAGAAGAAGAUAACUGAUGAUGCAGGAUAUUUUGAUGUAUCCAUUCCCCUCAGCAUGAUAUUAGGAUUUGCUGAAGAUAACCAGAGAAUUGUUGUGAAUGCGGAGCAUGAGUUGAUACUGACACGUUCACACAAUGAUAUCAAUGCCGUCAUUCAGGGAGCCCCUGCGGCUGGACAGCAGGCAAAGACGUUCAAAAUUUCCCUCACCAAAAUUGAUUGGAUGAUUCCCUACAUCAAACCUGCAGACUCUCAAAAAGUGCAACUUCUCAAUCAGAUUUCAAAGGACAACCUAGUGCCAAUUAGUUUUCGAGCUUGGGAAUGGUAUGAGUAUCCUCUCUUACCUAGGACAUCGAAACAUGUGUGGAUCGUGAAAACCUCAACACAACUGGAGAAACCUCAUUAUGUCAUUGUAGGCUUUCAAACAGCCUGUAAGAAUCAACCCCUGAAAAAUGCUAGCGAAUUUGAUCAUUGUAACAUUCGAGAGAUCAAAUUAUUUUUGAAUUCACAAAGCUAUCCCUAUGGAAAUCUGAAUCUUGACAUUGCACACAACCAGUCUGCUCUUCUCUAUGACAUGUACACCAGCUUUCAAACAUCGUAUUACCAUAAAGAGCCUGAGCCACUAUUCAGCAGAGCGGAAUUCUUGGAAACGGCACCUCUCAUCGUCAUCGAUUGCUCCAAGCAGAAUGAGUUCUUGAAAUCUGGGCCUGUGGACAUCCGGCUGGAGUUUGAGUCAUCAGCCGACUUCCCCAACAAUACAGCAGCCUACUGUUUAAUCUUACACGAUCGAAUCAUUGAGUAUAGUUUACUCAGCGGUAGUGUGAAGAAACUUAUUUAA